AACCACGAUAAAGAGAAGGACGCGAGAGAGGGAGGAGGGUGGUGCGGCCGGCGGGUGGCGAGUGGCGGCAGAGAGGCAGCGACAGAGAAACAGAGGGCAUCACGGUGACAAAGAGAAGGGCACUGGAGAUAAGACAAGUGGUGUGCCGUGUUGGUACCUUCAGUAUGUUCUUCCCCCUUCCUAGCUGCGGUCGCUUCGUCAGUGUAUGAACGGCGCAGCUGAACACUCUGGCUGACUUCCUUUCUUACUCUUACCCUUCCUAAACCGCGAGGACUCCACCACAUCCUCCCUUCCUCUCAGUCCCUCUCAGCCUCUCUCCUCUUGCGUAUUCAUCCUCUCAUCCACCUAGUUACUCAAGCCCCACUGUGCUCGUUCGCUGCCUCCUCUCCUCAUCCACCUGAUCACUCGCCCUCCAGUCCACGCACAGCAAGUUGUAUUUGAUUUGUUCCUGGUUAUCGUCGUCGCCACUGCAACAACGUCGGAUUGCAGCUAACGUGUAGACUUCUGUUUCAGCAAGCAAGGAACAACAAGGAGCAGAACACAUACACACACGAGCGUGCGCGCGCACACACAAACACACACACACACACACACACACACACACACACACACACACACACACACACACACACACACACACACACAUAUGUAAAAAAAAAAAAGAAGGAUGUCAAGUAGUCACUAACAAACAAAACAUUUACAAACUUGACUCGAUCCUGUAAACACACAAGCUAAACACAGAAAUACGUAAACACACACACACACACACACACACACACACACACACACACACACAAUUCUUACAUCCUUGCCUUUAACUCAAUCGUAAUAACCACUUCACCACCACCACCACCACCACCACCACCACCACCACCACCAUCAUGCUUUCCCUCCUGGCUACCAAGUGCAUCGUGCUUGUGCUGAUGACAGUGCUAACCCUCAGUGCCUGCUUCCUGCCUGUCCUCGUGCGCAGAGUGGCAGCCAAGGCGCUCAGGCAGAAUGGAAUGAAGAUGUUCAUGAGCGGCUGCCUGUGCUUCGGCGGCGGCGUGCUGCUGGCCACCGUGUUCCUGCACCUGCUGCCCGAGACGAGGGACUCCUUCGACAAGGCCGCCGCCAUGGGCUUCAUCCCCGACAUGACCUACCCCAUGACGGAGCUGGUGGUGUGCCUGGGCUUCUUCUUCGUCUACGUGGUGGAGGAGGUGGUGCACUCCUGUGUGGGGCGCGGCGGGGCUGGCGGGGGGCACAGCCACGGCCACGGCCACAGCCAUUUGGGUCCGCUGCAAGCCGAUCCCGCCCCCGCCCUGGCCAGGCCCCGCGUGAAGGAGACGGCCAUUGACGGGGACGACGCCACGCUGGAGAAGUUUCUGCCGGAGGAGGAGGGGGCAGCGGUGACCGUGACGGCGGCGGCGUCGGAGGCGAAGGUGGCGACGCUGCGUGCGGUGAUGGUGGUGGUGGCGCUGUCGCUGCACAGCAUCAUGGAGGGCCUGGCGCUGGGUCUGGUGCACUCCAACAAGGAGGUGUGGAUGCUGUUCGGCGCGCUGUCCGCACACAAACUCAUCAUCGCCUUCUGCAUGGCCAUGGAGCUGCUCAGCACAGAUGUGUCCCGUGUCGCCUUCUUCGUCUCCCUUACCAUCUUCUCCGUGGCCUCGCCGCUGGGGGGCCUUGCCGGCACGCUCUUGGUGUCCCUCACCACGCAGACCACGGCGGUGGGACUGCUGGUGCCCACGGUGCUGCACGGGCUGUCUGCCGGCACGCUGCUGUACGUCACCUUCUGCGAGAUCCUGGAGCGGGAGCGCGGCGAUCCCAACAACCCCACCGUGAAGAUGCUGGGCCUCGUGGGGGGCUUCCUGCUCAUGGCGGGCCUGCAGGUGCUGGACAUCUUGUACGCGCCGCAGGAGGACGCCGGCCUUCCCAGCGACCCCUGUUCCGCGGCGGCCUCGCCCGUCCCCGUGUAUAACCCCAUGCCGGCGCCCUACCAGCCCGGCCAGGAGUAUUAGUGGUGGCCGCUGCGCCCGCUGUUUAUCAUCGUGCCGCUCACGUGCCUCCUGUCUGAAUCCCGCCACAGAUAACGACGUGUGUGUGUGUGUGUGUGUGUGUGUGUGUGUGUGUGUGUUGUCAACUCAUGACGUCCCAAAUAAGACCAGGAAUGCUCUAUCAAAAGACUUCAUUUUCAACAUACACUAAAUAAUGAAUAAACAUUAUUAUUAUUAUUAUUAUUAUUAUUAUUAUUAUUAUUAUUAUUAUUAUUAUUAUUAUUAUUAUCAUCAUUAUUAUUACUGCUGUUGUUGUUGGCUUUGUUAUUGUUGCUGUUGCUGGUGAUGGUGUUGUUGUCGUUGUUGCUGUGUUGUUGAUGUUAUUGUUGUUGUUGUUGUUGUUUUCAUAUCACUAUCGUUCAUCAACAAUAACAGUGAUUUUGAAGACUAGCAACACACACACACACACACACACACACACACACACACACACACACACACACACACACACACACACACACACACACACACACACACACACACACACACAC